AUGAAUGCUCGCAGCAGUAGAUCUCACACGAUUUUUAGAAUGGUGAUUGAAAGUAAGAGGAAAGAUGCCAAUUCUUCAAACAAUUAUUCGAGUAGCGAUGCUAUCCGAGUUUCUGUAUUGAACUUGGUAGAUUUAGCUGGAUCAGAAAGGAUUGCCAAAACCGGAGCUGGUGGUGUACGCUUAAAAGAAGGGAAGUACAUUAACAAGAGCUUGAUGGUUCUUGGUAAUGUAAUAAACAAACUAAGUGAUGGUGCAAAGCAGAGGGGACAUAUUCCUUACCGUGAUAGUAAGCUUACUCGUAUACUUCAACCUGCUCUUGGUGGAAAUGCCAAAACUUCAAUUAUAUGCACUGUAGCCCCAGAAGAGCUUCACAUUGACGAAACAAAGGGAACUCUCCAGUUUGCUAGUCGAGCUAAGCGCAUCACCAAUUGUGCCCAAGUGAACGAGAUUUUGUCGGAUGCAGCCUUGCUGAAGCGGCAGAAGUUAGAGAUAGAGGAGCUGCUUAAGAAACUUCAGGGAUCCCGGGCUGAAGUACUGGAACAAGAAAUUUUAAAGUUGAGAAAUGAGAUGCUGAAGUAUGAAUUAGAGAGAGAAAAGCUUGAGAUGGAACUGGAAGAGGAGAGGAAAUCACAUAAGGAACGUGAUCAAUGCAUCAAAGAGCAGCAGAUGAAAAUCGACAAUUUCAGUACCUGUGCCACCUUUUCAGAUAGUGAUAGGAACUCUAGCCAGAAUUCUGGAAGACAAAGCUUCAAGGAAGAAUUCAGCGGCAGCAACAAUGUCUUCAAAGAAGAUGUUUUCAGAACCCCUACUUUCAAGGCAGCUCACAAUUCCUUCGUUGGCAAACGAUCCAAUUACUCCAGGCUGCCUGAUUUCAGUCCUCUACCAGAUAACUAUAGCAAUGUGGCUGAUGAAGACACAUGGUUGAAAAUGAACAAAGGAUUCAUCGCGGACCUUGAUUCAAUUCAAACGACUCCUGCAAGAAAAGUCCAAUCCCUUCCUUCUAGUGAUGUGACUCCAAAUCUCACUCAGGUUUAUUCAACUGAGAAUUACAAAGUGGAAGCCCAGAAUCUCAAAAGGCAACUAGAACUUGUCCUUGAAGAGAAGGAUGAACUCCAGAAGAAGCACUUGGAACAAUUAAGGUUGAAUGACAAUUUAAUGAGGGAGAUAUCAGAACUCAAACAUGAAACAGAGCUAAUUCGUGAAAUACCUCAAAGGCUAUGUGAAUCAAUGGCUGGUUGCAGAGACAGUUACAAAGAUGUUCUGUUAACAAUGCAGAGUUUUGUACCCGAUGGAGACCCUUGUAUUGGAAAAUUCAUAUCUACCACAAGUGAAAUUGGCUUAACCCUUUUCUCAAAUUUGGUAGAACGUUUCUCUAUGGCAAUAGAUGAUCACAUAUCUUUCAAUGGGAGUGACUCUCUGGUCCAAGAAGACUGCAAAGUGCUUUCUGAAAGAUUGAAGAGCACAAUUACAUCCCUGGCAUUAGCAGAAAAAUUAACUGUUCAGAAUACAGAAGAAAAGAAUCCAAUUUGUAGUUCCGCUUAUAAGGAAUGCACUCUGGGAGAAGAAUCUGCUUCUUGGAAGGAGAAACUGGGCACUGAACUUGAUGCUGUCAAGAAAAAGCUCCAUGCCUUGGAGAAUGAGUUAGAACACAAUAGCCAGCUUCUGAAGGAUUCUAGAGAAAGAUAUGAUACCAUGAAAAGAGAUUGUUGGCUCUUGAAAGAAGAAAGAGAUUCUUUGCUUGAAAAAGUCUCGGAGUCAUCUCAAAAACUAGCAAUGAUUGCUGUUCAAAAGGAAAACGUUUUGAAGGAUUUGAACACUGAAGCAGAGAGAAGGAAAUGUCUUGAGAAAGAGAUCAAACAAUUUAGUGUUGCUUUUUCCAGUCGGCAGAGAUCCUUCAUGUCUUUCCAGGGUGAAUUUACAUCUAGAGUUGAGAAAUUGAGAGCCCAAAAUCCAGUUUCAGCAUCUGAAUCUCUUGGGCAGUCAUACGCAGAUGAGUCGAUCAAACUGCUUACGCAAGCACCCCUCAUAUCCAUUUUACAACCCCUCCAGGCACUUCGAUACGCUUCUCCAACAGCUAUCACAGAACCAAAACCAAAGCCAGAGAAAAGGGAUAAUGGGUUUGAAAUUGAAGAUGCAGUUUUAGAUUUACUGGAUUCAGAACAAGACUGGAAUGAGCAUGAGCCAAGGAAGAGGGAAAUUGAGUCAGAGAUUGGAGAUGCCGUUUUGGAAGAGCUUGUGCAUGACAUAAACUUCAAGGGUUAUCCAUGUAUCUUUCACUGUGCUAAACCACAAAAACCCACUGAUGCAGCACAUCAAGGUCCAUCAGAAGGUUGCCAAGCCAUCGGAUGGCUGUAUGCAGACCACACUUUCGAUGUGACACCCUUAGAUUACUCUAAUUCCAGUCGUAGGAAAAGGAAGCAAAAGAGUGUUCAAGCAGUACUAAGUGAUUGA